CGGAGCGGCGGGCGGGCAGGUACGCGCCGGCGGGAGGCGGAGCCGCGAGGCCGCGAUGGAGCGCAGCCCGGGCGGGCGCUGGUGCUGGAGCCCGAGCGCCGGGCGGAGCGGGAGCCGGAGCCGCAGCCUCAGCCCGCGCCAGGCCGGGGCAGGAGCCCGCAGGGUCGGGCUGCUCGUAGCGGCGGCGCCCGAGCCCCCCAGCGGCUGAGCGCUGACCUCCAGCCCCGCGGGCGGCCGCCGCUCCGACCCGGGCCCCCCCAAGAUCUGGUCGCUGCAACCGCACACCUCAAGACACGGAGAGACCCUGCCUCGGGGCGCUAGUCCUUCCCGCUGCUCCGGCCCACGGGGACCCCCAAACCCAGGACAGCGAGAUCCUCUUGCCGACGGGAGGCAGCGGGCACCCCAAAGCCCCGGGACCCGGGCCACCGAGUCCCUUGCGACGCCCUCUGCGUCCCGGCUCAUGGUAGUGGUGGUGCCCUGAGCCCCUCUCGGGCCGGGCUGACGAAGACCGACACGGCGCCCAGGCCCCCUGCCGCGGCGUCCCCGCGGCCCCAGCCCAGAUCCCUGGGCUGUUCUGUUUGUCCAGAAGGUGCUGUCAGGACCAGGCACCCACCCUUGUCCCCCAUCCAUGAGACACCUGAUCCCCCAUUUCGGACUUGAGCAGCUGAUGCCUUCCCAUCGACCACUGCCUGGACUCCACCCUGCUGCUGGCUUUGCCCCACGAGUGUGGAUGUAGCCUGGGUCAGCACUCCUGCAAAGUCAAGGGCGGCCAAGGCAGUCACCCCCAGAAGAGGAUGUGCGGAAGCCAGUUGCCCUGAAGACUGGGUGACCUUGAUCAAGCCUGUGGCAUUUCCCAGAAAGAAUGACAGUAAACCAUAUACUCUCCAGCCAGCAUGGUGGAUACAGAUUGAAGUCAGAAUAUCAGAAGCUUUUAGGGAGAAGAUGAGCGUGGGCUGCCCCGAGCCCGAAGCGCCCCACUCCCUGCCUUGCUGUGGGCCGGGGGCCGGCGUGCCCCUCCUCACAGAGGACAUGCAAGCGCUGACCCUGCGCACACUGGCCGCCAGCGAUGUGACCAAGCAUUAUGAGCUUGUCCGGGAGUUGGGCAAAGGGACCUAUGGGAAGGUUGACCUGGUGGCUUACAAGGGCACAGGCACCAAAAUGGCCCUGAAAUUUGUGAACAAGAGUAAGACAAAGCUGAAGAACUUCCUUCGGGAGGUAAGCAUCACCAACAGCCUCUCAUCCAGCCCCUUCAUCAUCAAGAUCUUCGACGUGGUCUUCGAGACUGAGGAAUGCUAUGUCUUUGCCCAGGAGUACGCUCCUGCUGGGGACCUGUUUGACAUCAUCCCUCCUCAGGUCGGGCUCCCGGAGGACACGGUGAAGCGCUGCGUGCAGCAGCUGGGGCUGGCGCUGGACUUCAUGCACAGCCGGCAGCUGGUGCACCGGGACAUCAAGCCCGAGAACGUGCUGCUGUUCGACCGCGAGUGCCGCCGCGUCAAGCUGGCGGACUUCGGCAUGACGCGGCGCGUGGGCUGCCGGGUAAAGCGCGUGAGCGGCACCAUCCCCUACACCGCCCCGGAGGUGUGCCAGGCGGGCCGCGCCGACGGCUUCGCGGUGGACACGGGCGUGGACGUGUGGGCGUUCGGCGUGCUCAUCUUCUGCGUGCUCACGGGCAACUUCCCGUGGGAGGCCGCGUCGGGCGCCGACGCCUUCUUCGAGGAGUUCGUGCGCUGGCAGCGGGGCCGCCUGCCCGGGCUGCCGUCGCAGUGGCGCCGCUUCACCGAGCCCGCGCUGCGCAUGUUCCAGCGGCUGCUGGCCCUGGAGCCCGAGCGGCGCGGGCCCGCCAAGGAGGUCUUCCGCUUCCUCAAGCACGAGCUCACCUCCGAGCUGCGCAGGCGGCCGUCGCACCGCGCGCGCAAGCCGCCCGGGGACCGCCUGCCCGGGCCCCUGCGCCUCGAAGCCCCCGCACCCCUCAAGCGCACUGUGCUCACCGAUAGCGGCAGCGGCCCGCGGCCCUCGCCGCCCAGUGCAGGGCCCGCGGUGCCCGUGCCGGUGCCGGUGCCGGUGCCCGAGGCCGGCCUGGCUUCCCCCACGCCCCCGGGCAGGACCGACGGCCGCGCGGACAAGAGCAAAGGGCAAGUGGUGCUGGCCACGGCCAUCGAGAUCUGCGUGUGAGCCGCCGGGAGCGGCGCAGCCGCGGCGGGGGAAGCCGCGCCCACUCCAGCCCCUCCUGGGGACGAGGAGCACGUGGUGGCGGUGGCGGGAGGGAGUAGCUUAGACUAGGAGGCCCAGACACCCGGGUCGGUGACGGGCCGGUGACUUAGCUAGCAUAUGACCGGCCUCAGCCCAGAGGAGACGAGGCCCCAGACAGAGGCUGGGAGCUGGUGGGCUAGACUCGGAGCUCUGGAACCUGGACGCUCCCGGCGCUUCACACCCCUUGGCAGAUCACCCUACAAUCUUCCAUCCGAACCUGGGCACAGAAAGGGGGCUUUGGUGUUGGGCAGAUGUGGGCCUGAGACCCUUAGGACGGGCCCUGGGUGGCUAACAGUGAUGUCCAGGAGGUAAGAGGGAGAGGCCAAGCCCCCUAAACGUAGCAAAAGUAUCCUGCGGGAACAGACCCAGAUAGCUAAUGACAGCCCCACCACCUCCUGCUGAUGGGGACUUUGAACCCAGGAGGGAGAGCUAUAGCGCAGCCACGAGCCUGUUGAGGACAGUCCAGUAGGCGCCCUCCUGGGAGUAGGGCAGCAGAUGGCAAGGGAACAGGAGGCCCCGAACUCCUGUGUCCCUAGGGCAAGGGAGUCCGUGCACCACCCAGCUGCUCCUUCACAAGCUGGGAAACGGUUGUGCCGCUUUUUCCUGGGUUUCUGUUGGAGUCACGCGUGUAAGCCUCAGUCCUAGGCCAGUACCCUUGCAAGAGAGGAGCAUAUCCAUGGAUGGGACUGGAGGUCACUGACGCGGGAGGAGUGAGUGUGAAGUGUGACUUGAGUGUCCAGACGCCUCACCAGGCAGCUGCCAAGAGCCAGGCCUGUGUUUCACCACACUCCUCAGGGAAUCCCAGGAGACACCUGCUGUUGGCUCAGGUUCUUAGGCAGCGAGACAGGAAUUCACCCUGCCCCAGCUCUCCUU